AGAAGGUUUUGGGGGCUCAAGUUUGGCUUGGGAGGGGUCCUCUUUCCUUUCACCUCCCAGGCUUCCAGCGCUCGCUCGGAACGCUGAGUGCACACUCACCCCCAGGCGCAAACUUACCCUGUUCCUCCGCGGUUGAGAAAACAAAGUCUACCUACAGGCGUUGGGGGAUCGAGGUACUGGGUGGCCCUCUGAACUUAGCCCUUCUUCUAAAGGACAGCUCCUACUGCUAAAGAACGCUUUUCAAAAAAUAAAUGAAUAAAUAAAUAAAUAAGUAAAUAAAUAAAUAAAAUAAUCAAGCGGCAACAGUUGACGUCCGCCCACGUGAAUGUAUCAUAUAAAGCGGCUUUGGGGCUGUCGGGUCCCUUCUGAGGGCCCGGGUACCUCGCGCCUCCACCGCGCAGCCCUCGAGACCCGCCCAGCGGAACGGCCCCCUUGGGUCCUGGCCGGCUGGGAAGCUGAAGCGCGGGAGCCACGGUAGAAGCCCUACCGGGCCGGGAUCCCUCCGAGGCGCUUCUGUUGGGUGUUCAUUAAGGGGUGAGUUAUUGCCGCGUGAGCCAAAGGUCACUUCAAAGGCUUAUGGCUGCGCGCUCUAGCCUUUAGAAGGGCCCGGAACGCUUUGUGUGGGGCUUUCCCUGGCGCGGCUUAGUGUUUGCAAACUACUGAGUCGACAAAUUGCACAGGGCAGAUGCAAGAGGGGGAUUGUGUCUCUCCUUUCACCUGACCGGGGCAGGCGCCCGCUGAGCGCAGGCAGUGGUGGGCAGCUUGGUCUGGUUUGGGGUAGGAGUGGAAUAUUUGUUUCUUAGGCGAUCUGUAGUCAGAUCCUCAACGAGGCAUGGGCAGUCCAAGCCAGAAGUGUGUUGUUUAUUCACUGGAAUGGAAUAAACUCAAGGGAAACCAUCAGACAUACAAUAUCCAAACCAGGAAGUAGCACCCAGCUUCCUCUCCUCUGAGGCUCUGUGGCCGGCCCCAGACUCGGACCCACCCAGGCCCAUCUACAUACUCAUCCUCCUUUUCUGAUGCCCUGUGUUACAGCCUCCUCCCCACUCCGGCGCUGCUUAGUCCCUCUCCUCUACUCCUAGGGUAUGGGCUUGGCCUCUGAUACUGGGGCACCUGGAUCAUUUAAAGCUUUGCUGGAGCAGGAGAGUCACUGGUCUCCCUCCCUACGGCUGACCCAUUUGGCCCAUCCCUUGGCUGGAGGGUCCAGCCUUCCCUUCUCUGGUCUUCCCCUUCUCCCAUCCAGCUCAGGAUUUUAGUGUUAAAGGCCACCCAGCCCUUUCCCCAGAGCAAACCUAGUCUCCUUUCUGCCUGGGAGAGGGCUUGUGGAACGGCAGUGGGCACCAUAUACAAUAGUCACAUUGAUUAUGACAUCCUUAAAAGGAAUAAAGCCUCUCGAGUGUGUUUGUAAGAAAGAAGCGGCUGCCACUGAGAGUUUCCAUUUUGUUCCAGAUUCGCCUCAACAGAAUAUCAAAAGGAACCCGAGGAGCCUACCAAAAAAGUUAGAGACAAUUGGAGAAAACACACACACAAUUGUGAGUCCACAGUGCUGACCCACAGAGCUAACUGGGCUGAUUCUCACCCUGUCACAGGAAGUGAACUAUCGGGGUCUCCAUGAAAGAUGCUGUGAUUUUGAAAUCAGGUGGGGAAGUAAUUAUUUUUAUUUUAGUGCUCUGGCCACUCUGAAUGUAUUAUAGGGCUUUCUUUUGUUCAUCAAAAUUCUGGGAUGACCCAAUGAUUGACCGUUUGAUUUAGUCACACAUUCAUUCACUUGUUCAACAGGCAUUUAUUACACUUGCUACUUUCAGGGCACUGGGUUGGAUGUUAGGCACGUAUGGAAGAAAAAGACACAGUUCCUGCUUGUAAGGACCUCAAAAUCUAGAGAUAAUCAGCCAUUAAGAUAAAUGAGAUCCUAAGUGUUUUUUUCAUGAAGUUUUAAAGACCAAAUUGACAGUCUUGGAGAAAGAAAAUUUUAUCCUAGUCGGGGAGGUGUGGUAUAGGUCCCUUCCCUUGGAUGGAGUUGAGCUAAAGAGAAGAAAUGGUCUUAUGUCUUUGAAAAAUUCCCUAUGACUUUUUUAAGGGUUGCAAUAAGUUCAUAAAACCCCAGAUCCCUCCAGUUUGAAGUGAGUGUGAAGCAGAGUCUUGGCUAGUCCUAUCUUGACUGGUAGUGCCUCUGACAGUCCCUCUGGGGCCUCUCACUUUUCUUCUCCUCAGGUCACCUGGAGCUGGGGGCUGCCUCAGCUUUCUCAGGAUUCCCGAGACAUUGAAUGUGGUGUUGAAGGAGACUGUGGUGGUCAAUGUUAUUUGAGCAGGGUCAGCAGGCCCCAGAGCUUCCUGAGUUCACGAUGCAGAAGGCUGCUUACUAUGAAAACCCAGGACUCUUUGGAGGCUAUGGCUAUAGCAAAGCCACUGACACUUAUGGCUACAGUAACCCCCAUCAGCCUUACCCACCCCCUGCUGCUGCCAACUCUCUGGACACUGAUUACCCGGGUUCUGCCUGCUCCAUCCAGAGCUCUGCACCUCUUCGAGCCCCAACCCACAAAGGGGCUGAACUCAAUGGAAGCUGCAUGCGACCUGGCACUGGGAACAGCCAGGGUGGAGGUGGUGGCAGCCAGCCUCCAGGGCUGAACUCAGAGCAGCAGCCACCCCAACCCCCUCCUCCACCACCGACCCUACCCCCCUCCUCACCUACCAACCCUGGAGGUGGAGUGCAAGUCAAGAAGGCCAAGGGUGGGCCCAAUGCUUCUGGCUCUUCAGCUACCAUCAGUAAGCAGAUCUUCCCAUGGAUGAAAGAGUCCCGACAGAACUCCAAGCAGAAGAACAGCUGUGCCACUGCAGGAGAGAGCUGCGAGGACAAGAGCCCGCCAGGCCCGGCGUCCAAGCGGGUGCGCACGGCGUAUACGAGUGCGCAGCUGGUGGAGCUGGAGAAGGAAUUCCACUUUAACCGCUACUUGUGUCGGCCGCGCCGGGUGGAGAUGGCCAACUUGCUGAACCUCACCGAGCGCCAGAUCAAGAUCUGGUUCCAGAACCGGCGCAUGAAGUACAAGAAGGACCAGAAGGCCAAAGGCAUACUGCACUCGCCGGCCGGCCAGUCCCCCGAGCGCAGCCCGCCGCUCGGAGGCGCCGCGGGCCACGUGGCCUACUCGGGCCAGCUGCAGCCCGUUCCCGGCCUGGCCUACGACGCGCCUUCGCCGCCCGCCUUCGCCAAAUCUCAGCCCAACAUGUACGGCCUGGCCGCCUACACGGCGCCGCUCAGCAGCUGCCUGCCGCAGCAGAAGCGCUACGCGGCGCCCGAGUUUGAGCCCCACCCCAUGGCGAGCAACGGCGGCGGCUUUGCCAGCGCCAAUCUGCAGGGCAGCCCGGUGUACGUGGGGGGCAACUUCGUCGACUCCAUGGCCCCGGCGUCCGGGCCUGUUUUCAACCUGGGCCACCUCUCGCACCCAUCUUCGGCCAGCGUGGACUACAGUUGCGCGGCACAGAUUCCCGGCAAUCACCACCACGGACCCUGCGACCCUCAUCCCACCUACACAGAUCUCUCGGCCCACCACUCCUCUCAGGGACGCCUGCCCGAGGCCCCCAAACUGACGCAUCUGUAGCAGCCGCCGUCGGCCCGAACUCGCGGCGAAAUUACCUCUUUUGCUUUGGUGGCGGGGUGGCGGGCGGGCAGCUCAGUGACACCUCCCACCCCCUCUGGCCCCGUCGCUGCCUCCCGGGCCUCGGGCCAAGAGCGGCCGAGGCGCAGGCGACUGGGCCUCCCCUCCAGGCGCGCGCUCCUUUGGGGGACUCGCCAUAAAUCAGCCGCAAAGAUCCGACUCUGUAAACCUGACAGUGCCAUAUACUGCGGACCGAGGGACUCUAAUCUGGUAAUGGUGUCCCAAAGGUAAGUCUGAGAUCCACCGGCUGCGCGCCCUGCAGAGGGACGACAGUCCGGAGAGCCGCGGGCCUGGUCCCGGUCUAGCUUAGUUGUGGAGACCUUAAUUUAUAUGCUCCUUCCAGUCCCGUAAGGAUUGCAUCGGACUCAACGAUCUGUAUUUAUUAUUUGAAGCGAGUCAUUUCGUUUCCCUGAUUAUUUAUCCUCGUCUUAAUGUAUUUAUGUGUAUAUUUGUAGACUUCUCCAGCCGAGCUUAGGAACGCGCUCCCCAGGCCGCGGGGGCCACAUUUCACCUCUUUAGUCCCCUUGGUCUGAACUAGUUGAGAGAGUAGUUUGAACAGUUGUAACCGUGGCUGGUGUUUGUAGUUGAUGUAAAGGAUUAAGACCCAAAUUGUCCUUCAUGGGUAGAGUCAGGCGGCCCCGUGGUGUGGCACGACACCGUUACUCAUUUCUCAACAGCCGCAGCCCUUGCCACUCGACAGUUUAUUGAUUUCAAAUUGUCUGGUACUAUUUGAACAAAUAUUUAGAAUAAAAAAAUUUCUCAG